AUUCGAAGUUCUUUCCUGUCCUUUCCCCACCCACAUUGCUAUUGCCAUCCCCACUCGUUGACGUCCCAGCACGGGCUCCCCCUGUUAUCCGUCAUCCUCAAGCAGAUGUACUGCCAACCACCCUACUAGCUUCAACCCAGCGUUCUCACAAGACAUCUUCCUAUCUCUGUACAAUUUUUCCGUUCUCUGGACAUAUCUCGGUCCCUUGCGAAUCGUCCGUUUCUCACUUACUACGCGCAUUGGGCGGAUCGGGGUUGAAGCUUGAAGCUUGAAGUUUGUACCUGUGUUCCGUAUCUCCUCUCUAUUCCCCGGUCAUAAUUCUUUCAAUGCCGAACGUCCCUGACACGCGCCCAACCGUUCGACGAAGAAGGGCAAUUGAUAGAGAGCGCUUUGCGGUAGCCUCUCGCGAUGAAGGCACUGGUGGGAGUUCGGGUGUCGUCCUUAGCAUGGACAUGGUUUCGACGAGCUAUUACGCGGUAGCGUACAGCGUUCCGGUCCAAAUAGGCACUUCCCUACAAAAUUUCUCUCUCCAAGUUGACACUGGUUCGUCGGACCUUUGGGUCGCAUCAAAAUCUUGCUCCACAAGUUCAUGUUCAUCUACAAGCGGACGGUUGUAUGAUCCAAGUUCCUCUUCGACCUCGACGGGUAAGAACUUUACCAUCCAAUACCUUGAGGGAUCUGUCAGCGGUCCCAUCGUAUGGGACGCGGUCCAGGUUGGGGGAUACAGUAUCACGAGCCAGGCACUUGGUGCUGCUUCGUCUGUUAAUGACGAGCCCUUGUCGUACGGGUUCGAUGGCAUUCUGGGUCUCGCUCUCCCCUUGAACUCUAUCAUACAGCAACAGAUACCUGCACAGAUCGGUAACAACCCUGACGGUGCAGCCUUGUCCUCCAAUCUAUUCUCCAUCACACCCUCUAGUGCUGCUCCAACCCAGCCUUUCUUUUCACUAUCUCUUGCUAGACCGGGCUCGAGUCAAGUACCCUCUCUCCUUGGAAUUGGGCUGCACCCGUCGGAACUCAUCUCUGAUCCCUCUCAAAUCCUAUAUUCACAGCUGGUUAGCCAGAGCGUGGGCGAACUCUAUUGGAAGACGACCAUCAUGGCGAUCACGGUGUAUGUCAAUGGCCAAUCAAUGCCAGUGAAGCUCCAGUCUUUGUCGGGUGCAGGGAAGCCAGCUGCCGUACUUGAUUCUGGUAUGCCAGUGAUACUGACGACAUCGGUAAUCGCAAAUGGCAUCUACGGCGCUUUGGGCAUCAGCCCUGGCUCAGAUGGUCAAUAUUAUGUCCCCUGUUCGACACCUCUGAACAUGACCAUUACGCUGCAAGGCCAACCUGAACUCCCCAUCCACCCUCUUGACCUGACUGUGGAACCAUCAGGCCAAUCCAAUGCGCAGUACUGCGUCGGGCUCAUUCAAUCCGCCGAUUCCGAACUACAGGCAAACACUGCCAUUGGUGACAUGGUCCUUGGCGUGCCAUUCAUGCGGAACGUGUACACUGUAAUGGCGUAUGAGUCGCCGAAUUCUGAUGGGAUCUUCAAUACGCCGGUUUCGACGGGAUUGGAUCCGACGCUUGGGUUGCUGGGUCUGACGAACGCGACGCAGGCGAUGGAGGAGUUCCAUAAUGUACGCGUUCUUAACCAACCGCUCGGUGGUGGGCAAUCAUCAACCUCGAGCACGUCGCAAAAAGACCUCCCGGUUGGUGUGGAGGUCCUCCUUGGCUUGGUCGGCUUCUUCGCUCUUUGCGUCAUGUCGUUUGGGUUGCGGUGGUUCUUCGCGAGACGGAAGUGGCGGAAGCAAGCUGAAAAUGAAAAUGCAUCUUCACUGACAUCGUCGCAAAGCGAGCAGGAGCCGGAGGACAAGGUGGGGUAUGAGCUCACGAGGCGGAAUUCGCGGUCAAGCAGUGUUGAAGAGAUCGUCGUUCUCCCAGACACGCUUCGUCCACGUGCGUUUGAGUCGGCCCAUGGGGACCGAGGUGUGUCGCAGUAUACCGUCGAUAGUGGCCGGACGUACGUCGAGGAGACUGUAAAUGGUUUAGAGGAGUUCGGGUUCAAGGGUCACAAGGCGAAGGUGACGUCGAUGGGGUCGGGAACGGGGACGAUGUCAUUAACGUGGCGGGAUACACUUGUUGGGUCAGAGGGGGAUGGAACGCCAACGUCUCCCGUGUUCCCACUGCGCGGCCGCACGACGAGCGAACUUGUUUCUGUGCCAUUACUCGCGCACCACCAAUCACAUCAUCGACGGAGCGAGUCCUACGAGAGUGAUUUAGGAGAGUUCGGAGUGCCGUCGUUCGCAAAUGGGGGCAGCAUGGCAGGGAUCGGAACUGCCGUGCGAGGGAGUCAGAUCGAUCCGGGUCUCGGUGGUGGAAUGAUGCAUGUGAGGAUGGGGAGUAAUAGUAGUGGGAUGAGCGGACUGUCGACGGUACCGUUGCGCCCACCCCCUGGUCAACGCUCAAGUAUGAACUCGCUAUCGAGUCGGAGAGGUGUUAUGGGCCCACGAGAGCCGAGACCGCGGAGUACAGCAUCAAGAACUGCGACUAUGGCACCUGCUAUUGAACCUCCGCAUCUUUCCGAGGAUGAUAGGGGUGAAGAGUGGACGGAGUCUUCUCCAGAGCAAGAUGCCCAGCUACCAUUGUCAUGACCUCCGCGUUCUUGUCCGAAUGUUCGAUUUUAACUUUCUGUUGGGUUUGGAUGUAUGUUCACAUUUAUUGCGAUGCGCCACUAUCCUGCAGAUAUCUCCCUCACUUGUCAUGCUUGUCGCCCGUGUUUCGCCCUCUUUCAUCACCAUAUCCCUUUCCGUU